AUGGUCCCGGGACUGCAUUAUCAAUUGUCAGGAAAUUUCUCGAACGCCUCCAUUGAUUUCAUCGCAGCCAAGACAACAACCUACCAACAAGAAGAUGGAUAUCACCUUGUGAAAACUAUCAACCAUCUUCUUACCUGUUCAAAGAAUCUCACCAUCACUGACCAGGAGGAUUCCGGAGUCACCAUUGAUGAUCAUGCCCGUACCAUGGAUGAAUUGCUCGAAAACGACGACAAUGUCUUCGAAGAGUUGCCAGUGGAGACCAGGCGAAGACUUUUACGAUGGAAGCUUGCUGUAUAUUUCUUCACCGGAGUCAUUUUCUUUCUCCUGGUUAUGCUGGUAGUAGUAGGCAUACAACCCCGUUCAGGAAAGGAACUCGAAGAACCCGGAAACGAUGAGCCAAUGUGGGAUGACAAUAGUGAACACAUUGCUGAUGAUCCUCGAUUAGAGAAAUUUCAAACACCUUCCGACACCACCUUUUGUGCACCAUGGCCUUUCUAG